AUGCAUCUAGUAAUGCUUAAUAGAGCAGAAGACAGCAAUGAAAGGCCAGAAAUUCAUGAAGGAAUCGCUUGUUUGUGGAAAGAAAUCUUAACUGAGGGCAUCGAUCGAGAAAAUAGGAAUCAAAUGUUGAACAAGUAUUCUAUAAUAAAAAAUUGCAAAACUCUUCUAGCACCUUCAGUUAAUGGGGAGAUCAUGGAGGCACUAGAAAUUGAGGCACUUAAAAAGACAGAUAACUUUUUAAGUAAAUUGCAAGACCAGUUAGGCAGCGCUUUAAGCGCACUGGCUGUCCCCUUAGAUAGUAUGUUUUCUAAACCAUCAGAAAACACUAAUUCCCUUGUGGAGAAUUGA